AUGGAUUUAGAAAUUGACAACCUCCUGGAGCGCUACCUAGGGCUGCUCGACGAGUACACCAAGCUGCGUGAGUCCCUGGGCACAACCCAGCGCUUGAUGUACCAAAACAUUGCGCGGGCCAACUUCUCAGCCGAGAGGGGCAUGCGAUACGGGCCUGAUCACUUUGACGAGCGAAUGCAGGCCGUCCGGAAGCUGCGGUUGGUGGGUGAUGAGUCCAGAUCGUCAUCGCCCGGUGACGCCAGCAGCCCUCGGUUUGUAGUGGCGGGUCCCGAUCCUACUCGUGCCCCUGAGACACCCACCAAAGCCAGCGAUGAUGACGGCAAGGCAGCAGAUGGGGCAGAGAGCGAUGACAUUCAGACCGAAGACGCGGAAAAGACUAGGGAAACCGCCGAUGGCAACACCGCCCCGGCUCGGCCCAAGGACCCGCUGCGGUGGUUUGGGCUGUUCACGCCAGCGCCGCUACGGUCGGCCCAGGGCCAAGCCGUCCAGCUGGUCGAGGAGAUCGUCCCGAGGCUCGCCACCGUGACGGCCGAGAUGGCAAGCGUCGAGAUUGAGGUGCGCAGGGCCAGGAAGAAGCGCGCCAAGGCCGCUGCGAGGGAAGCAAAGAACGAGUCGGAGGUCAAGCAGCCUGCGUCUGGCCCGGAGCUUGCUGUUGCUUGAUGUCUUUUUUUUUUUUUUUUUUUUUUUUUUGCAUCGAUUCCCACGAAGCUUGGAACCCGAGGAAAUGCAGGAAAUGCAAACAGCGGGUGAACAAGAGGCUCUCUGUGUCCACAACUCAGAUGUCUCUGGUUAUGGUCUUCGCAGAAACAAAAAAUGCUGCUGCCUUCGCAUUUCACCGCGCUUGCGUGCCAUCUACCCAGAUCCAAUCUAAUGGUCUCGGCUUGGUCUUCACAUGACGUUUUCAGUCCAACACUGGUCCAAAGCCUGUGAUCAUACGUGCAUGGUGCAGCCUUUGGACUUGCACUUCCUCGGUACUCAAAUUCAUCAUUAUCGGGUUUUCACAACAGCUCCAAGAAUCUAUUUAUAUUUUCUUUUUCCCCCAUCGGCAAACUUCAGAUCACAAUGCACAGCGUCGUGAAAAAGAAAAGAUGGGUCAGUCGUUCAAUCCAAUUUGAUUGAGACUGCAUUUCUCCUGUUGCAAGUUUUCUCUAUCUCAAGUUGAGUGAUUGCCUCCUUUCGCAUAUCACUGGCAGAUUUUACAUGGGAAUAUUUGCUAUGUUGUUGAAACCUGAAUGCAACACCCUCCCACAUUUUUGCCCGUAUAAUCCUUCAACGCCAUGCCCAAACUCAUAGGGAAAGUCACAUAAUCAAAAGACAAGAAGAAGCCAGCUUAAGUUGUUAAGCAGACUUGGGCUGGUAGGUCUGCUUGGGGAAGGGGUAUCUGUAUAGAAAUUUGGUUAGAUCAUCUAUUAUUACCAUCUGCCACGUUUCUUAAACGGUCCUCAGGGGUUCACUUACGAAGGACCCAGCUCCGGAUGCUGAGGCGGGCGAGCCACUGGCCCCUGUCGACACACUCAGCCAGGGCCUUGUUCUCGACGACUCCGGCGCAGAAACCGGCGGCAAAGGCGUCACCGGCACCGUUGGUGUCGUUGAUCUGCUCUUUGGCGAUCUCGUGCACUGGGUACUCCUUGACCUCUUCCUCACCCUGGACGGCGACGAUGGUGGGGAGGGUGCCCUGGGUGAUGAUGGCGACGCGCUUGCGCUGCGAGUUCUCCUUGGGCAGGUUGGCGAUGGCCUUGGCGAUGGCGCGGACGUCAUCCUUCUUGUCAGCCAUGUCGUGCGACUCGGCAAAGGCGGCGGCCUCGGUCUCGUUGCCGAUGACAUAGUCGCAAUAGGGCAGAGCGGCGUCCAGGGGGUCCUUGAAGAACUGCGGGAUGAAGGGGGCCGACAGGGACAAGAUGAAGGUCUUGUUGUUGGUGGCGGCCUCCUUGGCCAGCUCCAUGAUGGCAGGAGGGCAGACUUUCAUGACAAAGGAUUAGAACAAGCUCGGUUGCGGGAUGGGAACACGAGUUUUCCCAGUUUAAACGGCGAACGGAUACAUACCGGUGAAGUGAUAACCACCAAUGUAGUACACCUCAGCACCCUUGACCAGCUCCCAGACCUCGGGCUUCUUCAGGAACUCGACCUCGUAGUGGUUAGCGGCACCCAGCUCGGUGCACAUGGAGCGGUUGUGGCCGGUGAUGACGACGGCGCAGCGGCCGGUGGUCUCCUUAGGGUCGACGCGGUACUCGACCCUAAGGCCGACCUUCUGGACGGCAUCGCGCAGGAUGGCGGAGUACUUGUCAUCACCGACACCACCCGAGUAGACGACGCUGUUGGGUGGCAGCAUGUACUGGGCGCCACGGGCCGUGUUCUGGGCGGCGCCGCCGGGGAUCAGCUUGGCGUCGUAGUUGUUGAGAAGCUCCUCGAAGAUGCCGGCGUGCUUAGCCUCGGCCAGGAUGGCAUCGUUGGCCUUGAGGCCGUAUUUGUUCAGGAGCGCCUCAUCUCCAACGGCCUGGAUGUCUGGAAUUAAUUGCCAAUUGAGUUAGCUUCAAGCUAUUUCUUUCUGCUAUUUUCCGUAAAAACAGCCGAGGUUUGCAGGAACAGAUUUCUGCUUAUCCAUAGCUCGCCCGCCUCAAGCCAAGGAUCCCCAAUUGAUAUUCCAAAAGUUCCACCAAAACGAUGAUAAAGCCAAAAGAUUUGCAAAACUAUCAACUUACCCAAGAGAGGGUUCUCAAGGCAGAAAAGACGGAAUUCCUUGGGGGAGCUCAUUUUGAUAUUCUUAUUGUGGUUGUACCGGAAGUUUGCGUAUGUAAGAAAAUGUUGGCUAGUCCUGGGCUAUGGGGGCGGAGGGGUAAUUGAAGCUCGACAAAUAGGUCUGAGAUGGAGUGGGAUGCUGCUUAGUGGGGUUCUUGUUGCACCGAGUCCAAAGUCUCCUUGUCAGCGUCUGAACUACCGGUACCUUGUGGGCAGCUUUGGCCAUAUGCAGACAAGCGUUUUGAGAACAAAGUUUGAACAUGGCAGUUGACUCCGAAGCUAGCAUACUCCGAAAAUCGUGUAGAGAGAAAUAAUGAGACGAGAUGCGUCUACAGCAAUUUAACAAACCUUCCAACCUUUCUGGAGGGACUCCAUGG